AUGGCCAAUCAGCUUUAUUUUUCGGAUGCCUAUUUGAUUGAUAAUGAUAAAAUAAAAGUUUAUCUAUUGACAACCUGCAAUAAUUUCCCGAAAGUGCGUUUACAGUUUGGAAAUGGCGAAAUGAUUCGUUUACAUUUUCUCAAGCCAGUUUUGUUUAGUUGCACAUACUCGGGAAAAUAUGGAAUUGCAGGCGGCUUUAAGCUCCCUUCUGCAAUAAAUGUAAUAAAUGGUGAAGACAAAUUAUAUGUUAUUCGUGAGGACAAGCCGGGUCUUAAAAAGGUUUUAAGGCUGCUCGAUUCAAGAGUAAAGCCAGUUGAGCGAAUUAAACAUCGCUUAAGUGUCUGCAUAAAUCCACUUUUUAUGAUCGCUGACUGGACCCUUCUGCCAAAAUUCUUUGAAAGCUGGAUCGAGCACGGUGCGACAAAAUUUUAUAUUUACCACCAAAGUAUGUCAAGAGAAUUUGAGGCAUUAUUAAGAAUCUAUGAAAAUGAUCCCACCAUAGAAGUAAAUCGUAUACCGUGGGAUGCGAUAUCAGUGCCAGAAGAAGUGUCAAAAUUUUACGAUCCCAGUAACUUUACAGUGGCACCUGAACAAGUUCUUGCAUGGAAUGACUGCUUGUUUCGCGCAAGAGGAGAAAGCAGAUAUUUGGCUUUGGUAGACCUUGACGAGAAUUUCGUUACGUUUAAUAACCAAACGCUACUAUCAGUUCUUGAUGAAACUGUGAAUAAAGACCCACAUGCUGGAGCUUUCAUGUUUUUAAGUUCAUUUGCGCUUUUUAAGGUUAUAAGCCAGUUAUUUCACUUUUUUUUUGACAAAUGUAACUAA